AUGCUUAUUGUUUCAGUUUUGUUAAACCUGCUUGGUUUUGCGCUAGCUAAGCAAGCUACCGUACCGGCGAUUUUGUUCUCCUACAAACUCUCCCCCGGAAUUAUAGGGUAUCGUGAGGAGAUCGAUGCAGUGGAAAGCCUUUCGCUAGAGAGGUUUUCGGUGAUUUCGAAGGAGUUACUUGGCCAAUGCAAUUCUGAUGCGUAUGUGUUCAUUAACCAACCUGGUCUUAGAAAGCAGGAUUUUUCGACUUAUAAAAAAGAGUUCAUCAGCCUCCAAAGGUACAUAUAUUCGGCUUCCACUGCUUUGGAUUUUGAAAGUGUCCAGCUACCUUCGAAUGAUACCUUCAACCAAUUGAUUAACUACGUUAACGGGGAAUGCAAAAUUGAUAAAUUUAUCAGCGUUGAGGGAAACAAGACAAACGGUUUUGAGGAAUAUAUCGACACUGCUAAGAGGGUCAUCCGCAUAGAUUAUCCAAUUUUACCAGAGCAUCCAGAACUUCGUCGCAAGGCCAUCUCAGACUUCGACAAAUUUCUAAGAACAGUCCUUGCUCAAGUCCCAUCACCUGCUCAAACGAUAGUGUACACGGCUAUCGAACCUGGCAACCUUGUUGUAGAUGAUUCAACUCCAAUAUUUCCAGAGAUUUUCCGUGAUUCUUCCAUGAUGCAAGAGAUAGAGAAGAAUGAUCACGAUCUCCGGGCCCCUCGCAAUUUCAAUCCACCACGUCCAAAAUUUGCCAAGGCUGAAGCACCAUAUCUAUCCGUAUUUGAUUCCCAAUUUAUUGCAGAGAAUUACGACUUGUUGAAACUAAUUUUCACCUCUCUGUUUGGCUUUCUUCUGCUGCAGUUUGUUAUCCCGAGAAAGGAGACCAUCAAAACCAGGGCAAGACCAUCAUCCAAGCCGGACAAGAGCCCUGCUGAGCUUAAACAAGACAAGCGUUUAGCCAAUUCAGCAGGUUCGACUCACAACGAGGACAAACCGGGUAAAUUGGAACAUUAA